UCCAAAGAGGGAACCGUGUGAAUGAAGCUAUCACAGCACAGCUGCAUUGAAGAGUACUAGAGUUGGCAAUCUAUCACUAUAAACCAUUAUGCACCGGCCGCGCCAAACACUCUCCCACCCUUUUAGCUCUUGACGUGAUUCAACCUCCUAAUACUCCACGUGUAACCUUUUCAUUCGUCACACUUUUUCAUCCUCUUGCUUUCUUAAACUUCAACUUUCUUUCUUCCCCUUUCCUCUGUUUCAUCACUACUCAAUCAUUUCAUUCACAUCUCUUACAUCUAAUUCUGCAAUAUUCCACUGCCAUGGGAGAAAAAGAAAAGGUAACAGCCAUAAUGAAACUCAAAGUUGAUCUUCAGUGCAGUAAAUGCUACAAAAAAGUCAAGAAAGUUCUAUGCAAAUUUCCUCAAAUUCGAGACACGGUGUACGAUGAGAAGAACAACAUCGUAACAAUCAAAGUGGUUUGUUGUAAUCCUGAGAAGCUCAGAGACAAGAUUUGCUGCAAAGGUUGUGGUGUCAUCAAAAGCAUAGAAAUUCUCGAACCUCCUCCACCUCCCAAACCCAAACCCAAAGAACCAGAAAAACCCAAGGAGCCCGUCAAGCCCAAAGAGCCUGAAAAGCCCAAGGAGCCAGAAAAACCAAAACAACCAGAAAAACCAAAAGAGCCAGAGAAGCCAAAAGAGCCCGAAAAGCCGAAAGAGCCUGAGAAGCCGAAAGAAUUGCCUCCUCCUCCGCCUGCGCCGAAGCCCGAACCACCAAAAGAACCUGCAAAACCACCACCGCAGCCGCAGCCGGAGUACAUACCGGGACCGCCACCUUCGAUUCCGGUAUGUCCUCCGGCGGUGGUUCCGAUUGGGGUAUGUUGUGGAUCAUGCUAUGAAGGUAGGGGAGGUGGGCCAUGUUUUCAGGGGUACGGUGGGCCGCCGCAAGUAAGUUGUUACGAUGGGUAUUACGGGAGACCAAUUUAUGAUAGUUACGGUGGUGGGGGGCCUUGUUAUGUGAGUCGUUGUGAUGAGUAUUUGUGUGAAGAAAAUGCAUCUGGUUGCACAAUUAUGUGAUGAUCUCAUUUUCCAAAAGUGUCAGUAAUGGCCAACUGGGUUGGUUAUUCAUGCAACCGUCACUACAUCACCUAAUAUUUGUCAUAGGUGGUUCAUUUUUCAUCAUCAAUAUCAUGGAGUGGUUUUUGUUUUGGUAAAUUAGGAGUACACGUUAAUAAAGGUGUUUGGCAGAAAGCAAUUGAAUAAGAUAUGGAGUUGGAGGGGAUUUUAUAUAUAGAGUAAAUAAAUGUAACAAAUAUACUAUGAAAUAGAGUAUCAUAUACUACUUUGACAA